UUGACCGUUUCCUCACAAUGUCAAUGAUCGGCCUCUUGACUCGACUCUUGACUCUUGACAUCUUUCGUCAUUUUCCAUCACCCAAACCACCCUCCUCCCUUGUAGCAACCUGAAGUUGUUGUCAUAUCAAAGGAGAAGAAUGAGAGUCUGCAGUUCCAUUGCUUCCAUCGGUCUUGUGCUUUCUGCCGCUUUGUUGGCACCAACCAGUGCCUUCACUUCCAGUUUCAAUGUAGCGGUACAGCGACCAACACCAACAACCACAGCCUGUCCCCAGCUGACUACAGUGGUGAGAUUGCAGGAAUCCAAAGAGCCUAAUAAUAUUGAUUCAACAUCAGCAGCAGAAGCCAAUGAUACUCGACGUGGAUUUUUCAAGGAAGCAUUUGGUACGGCAGCCGCUCUGGCUCUACAGACAAAGACAGCAACAGCAGCUACCGCUGCCGAGGAACCACCAAAAUACAAUACGGCCAAGGAUAUUCCCGAGAGCCUCAUUGACAGUCACCAAUAUUUGGUUGGAUACGUCGAAAAGGUGAUUGAUGGAGAUACCGUGAGAAUACGGCAUGUACCCAAUGUCCAAGCAUUCCUGACGGCAGUCGCAAACAACAGCAACAAGACCAACAAACGACCGGGACCCCUCUCGAAUUCCACCAUUGUGGUGCGAAUGUACGGUGUAGACGCACCCGAGACGGCCAAGAAACAAGAGGAAGUAUCACAGCCCUUUGGAGACGAUGCCAAACAAUUGACCAAAGAUCUUGUCUAUCACAAAUUAGUGGCUGUCAAGUUGCUUCGAAGAGACAAGUACAAUCGCAUUGUAGCAGAAGUCGAGACGUACUGUGUCUCCAAGUCAACUUGCGACUCUACCGAUGUCUCUGUGGAGCUGAUAUCCAGAGGGCUGGCGACACUGUAUACUGGUGGUGGAGCCGAAUAUGAUGGCAAGAAAGACUUGCUGAAAGAGCGGUUGCAAGCAGCCCAGAAAUCAAAAGUCGGGAUUUGGUCGCUCGGAGACGAGAUGGUGACACCAGCCGAGUUCAAACGUAAAAAGCGCCAGGAGGAACAGCAGCAGCAAUAGUCAUGACAAUUCACGCCGAGUUGACUUCGGAUGUUCAGUUGCCAUUGAUCGUGACAGUCUACCGUACAACACACAAUUAUUGAAUACGAUACAGCUCUAUCAAAAUAAUAUAUAUAUAGAUAUCAUAGAC